AUGGAUGAGCCCGCUACUCGGAUGCGCAAUGCUCGUGCAAUGGUCGUGAUUUUGCAUUCUUUCAUCAUCGUUCUCGGGAACAACAUCACGGACGGCUUCCCGAAACUCGCGGCCGACGCGUCGUGCGACCAUGCAGGGGCCAAAUCAGGUCGAUUCGGCAGCGUCCGACGUAGCCACGCGACCGUGGCGACGAACCCGACUCGGAGCUGGCCUCCCGUUGCCAUUCGGCCGGAAGAACACAACAGACCACAGCAAGCGCCGAGGGUCAAAUGGUCCUGCUCGGUGGGUAUCGACGGAACAGACGAUGCGAGCCAGUCCACUCGGGCGAGGCAUAACCCAGCCAACGUCAUGGCGACCCUCUUAAAAUUUCGCAGUCGGCCCAUUGAUAUUCGGGCCUGA